AUGCCGGUUGAUGACCAUCACACGCCAAAAGCACUUAUGUUGUACACUGAUACUUCUGCGAAGCAUCUCUCAGCUACUCAACUAGUUAAUCAAAUAAGUGAAGACCUUAGUACUGUGCGUUCACUUAUAUCACUUGACACGGCUCGUGGUCAGGAAGCACGAGUUUUGGUUCUUUAUACUGGUGGAACGAUUGGGAUGAAACUUGUUGACGGAGUGUAUCGUCCAGAACCAGCUUAUCUCCCACGAGCAAUAAGAGAUUUACCACCAUUAAACGAUAAUAAUUAUGUUGUGUCGAAUUAUGGUGAUGCACGAGUAAAGCCAUACUGUUUACCACCUCUACGACACGUAAAAAAACGUGUUCUUUAUUGGGUUAUCGAGUAUGAUCCGCUUCUAGAUUCUUCUGACAUGACAUUUGAUGACUGGAUUCGUAUUGGUAAAGAUAUUGAAAAAGCUUACCAUCAUUAUGAUGGCUUUGUCAUAUUGCAUGGUACCGACACACUUUCCUAUACGGCUUGUGCCUUGUCAUUCAUGUUUGAAAAUUUGAGGAAGCCCGUUGUCAUUACUGGUGCUCAAAUACCAGUAUGUGAGGUCCGUUCUGAUGGUCGAGAAAAUUUAAUUGGAGCUUUAAUAAUAGCGGCUAAUUUUGAUAUUCCUGAAGUGACCGUGUAUUUCAACAAUAAAUUGUUUCGAGGCAAUCGUACUAUAAAAAUGGAUAACAGUGCCCUAGAGGCUUUUGAAAGUCCGAAUAUGCGACCGAUAGCACAGAUGGAUAUUGAUAUAAAAGUUAAUUAUGAUUCUGUAUUUCGUUCGUCCACAGUAGCUCCAUUUUCUGUACAUUGUCAAUUAUGUCGAAAUGUUGGAUUAUUGCGACUAUUUCCGUCUAUCCCUAUAGAGAUUGUCAGAAGUUGCUUAGAACCGCCAGUUGAAGGUGUUGUUUUGCAAACUUUUGGUGCUGGAAAUAUGCCAUCUCGAAGAACUGAUAUAAUUGAUGAAUUAAGAAAAGCUAUCAGUCGUGGAUGUAUCAUAAUCAACUGUUCGCAAUGUGUUCGUGGUUAUGUGGAUGUGCAUUACUUCACGGGGAAAGUUCUCUACGAUAUUGGUGUUAUUCCUGGAUCAGAUAUGACUGCAGAAGCUGCAUUAACAAAGUUAUCCUAUGUAUUGGGAAAGAAAUGCUGGAAAAAUAAAGAGAAAAAAGAAAUAAUGGGAAAAAAUAUUAGGGGAGAAUUAACAGUCACAAAGCCUGGACCACUGAGAGAUCUUGAAAUUAGCAAGUUUCUUAAAAUGACAAUUUUUUUUCCACGUAUAGCUACGUUUCUACAACUAAGUACUUCAAAUGAGUUGGAGUGUUUACGUAUCGCUCUCUUUCCACCACUACUAUGUCAUGCAGCUAAUACGGGUGAUGUGGAAGUGCUUGAAGCACUUCGCGAAAACGGGGCCAAUCUUUCAGCUGUUGAUUAUAGCGGGCGCAGUGCCUUACAUGUAGCAGCUAGUGCAGGGCAUCUUGAUGCGGUCAAGUAUUUACUAGCUCAGGGCGUGAGUGCUCAUCUUAGAGACAAUCGGGAUGAGAAUGCUCUUGUUUGUGCAGUAAGGACAAAGAACAAAUAUAGUAUCAACGUCUUGCGUUCUGUUGGAGCUGUUAUUUCCAUAAAUCCAUUAAGAUUGGGCGUUGAACUGUGCAUCUGCGCUAGUUGCGGUGAUAUGGAGGCAUUAAACUCUUGGCUUGCUGCAGGAGCUGAUGUUAAUCAAUCAGAUUAUGAUGGUAGAACUGCUCUGCAUAUUGCUGUAAAAUGUAACAAUGAGCAAAUGGUGAGUUGUCUGAUUGACCAAGGUGCUAAUCCAUGUGUUCUCGAUCAUUUUAACACAACACCACUAGAAUAUGCUGAGAAACUUGGCUUCCAAGCACUAACUACCAAAAUGAAGGCGUUUAAGAAUUGA